CCUGAAAGCUAAUAUUCUUCUGAGUUGCAAGUUGCAAUGAAACACCACCCCAUGUCGUUCAUCAAAUGGCCUCUUUUAAUCUUUCUAAUGUAUUCAACCCAUCUCACUGCAACACACUCCUUGAAAAUUCCAAGGUUGAGUCCCAUUCCUGAAUGGGAAAGAACCUUAAACGACCCUCCAUCCUUGGAUGCAAAUAACACAGAUAACGUAAAAACAUUUUACUACAAACAGGUUCUUGAUCACUUCAACUAUAGGCCUGAAAGCUACAAAACAUUCCAACAAAGAUAUCUCGUCAAUUUCAAUUACUGGGGUGGCUCCAAAUCUAGUGCUCCAAUAUUUGCCUACUUGGGUGCAGAAGAACCAAUAGAUAAUUCCCCUCAAGUGAUUGGUUUUCUCACUGAUAACGCUGCCUCCUUUAACGCUCUCUUAGUAUACAUAGAGCACCGGUUUUAUGGGAAAUCAAUACCAUUUGGAUCCAGGGAAGAAGCAUUGAAUAAUGCAAGCACUAGAGGGUAUUUCAACUCAGCUCAAGCUAUAGCAGAUUAUGCUGAAGUUAUCAUACAUGUAAAGAAGACAUUACACGCUCAAAAGUCCCCAGUGAUUGUAAUUGGAGGAUCAUAUGGUGGAAUGCUUGCUUCAUGGUUUAGGCUCAAAUAUCCCCACUUGACCAUUGGUGCCCUUGCUUCAUCAGCUCCAAUCCUCUACUUUGAUAAUAUUACGCCACAAAAUGGUUACUUCUCUGUUGUUUCAAGGGAUUUUCGAGAAGCUAGUGAGACAUGCUACAAAACUAUACUCAAGUCUUGGUCUGAAAUAGACAGAGUAGCUUCUCAGCCAAAGGGUCUUUCCAUUCUUAGCCGGAAAUUCAACACUUGCCAUCCCUUAAACCAGUCAGAUGAUUUGAAAGAGUACUUGGAGUCGAUGUAUGCUGCUUCGGCUCAAUACAAUCGUCCUCCAACAUAUCCAGUUACUGUGAUCUGUGGAGGCAUUGAUGGAGCUUCUUCUGGCAGUGAUAUCCUCAGUAAGAUAUAUGCAGGUGUUGUGGCUUUAAGGGGAAACACCACAUGCAAAGUUAAUGGCCCUAUUAUCCCAUCUGAGAUUACCACGGGUUGGAGAUGGCAGACAUGUAGUGAAAUGGUGAUACCCAUCAGCAUAGGAAAGAAUACAAUGUUCCAACCUGAUCCUUUCAACUUAGAGAGCUUUGCCAAAGAGUGCAAAGAACAAUUCGGGGUCUCACCUCGUCCUCAUUGGGUCACUACUUACUAUGGAGGCCAUAAUAUAAAAUUGGCCCUUCAAAAGUUUGGUAGCAAUAUCAUUUUCUCCAAUGGACUAAGAGACCCUUACAGUAGUGGCGGGCUUCUAAACAACAUAUCAGAUACUCUGGUUGCCGUCUAUACAGUAAAUGGAUCUCAUUGCCUAGAUAUUCUGCCUGGACGUAAAGACGAUCCAGAAUGGUUGGUGGAACAACGGAACAAAGAGAUUCACAUUAUCAGAGGUUGGAUCACUCAGUACUACGCUGAUCUCGUUGCCCUCAAAGCCUCCUCCAAAUUCUAGACCAAACAAAUCAUAGGAUCAAAAUCAACUACAUAUUAGGAUUUUCCUCUGCAUUUCCACCAUUAUACUUCAGCAUUAGUAAUAAUUUCCAAUAAGUUAUUAUCAAUAUAAGCUACCAUGUAUAACGAUGAUCAAUCUGUAAGCAAAUUAAGUUUAACUACUCUCUCCUUUUAGCUCUUCACCUAAUU